GGCCAACCAAGUGCACAACUUUCAUUAGAAAAACUAUUUCCACAAAUGCGGUACCAUACUUUACUUUCCAGGCAAACUUACUGAACAGUGUAUUGAGUUUCAACAGAUCAAAUCAUUUCUAAGCAGGCUCGGAUACCCAGACCCUACUUCCUGCUUCACAAUAAAUAUUGCAUACAAGUGUCAUUUUUUAGUUGUCAAAGUAAUCUCACCCUAGACACUCAGAACACACAAACGAAAACACGCGUGCCGUCAAGGUAAACAUGCCAGACCAUAAAGGCGUGUACUUCCGGUUUGAUGUAACCAACAUAUCAUUCCGCAAGCGGAGAGUUUUGUCAGUAUUCCAUUCCACUUGCCGUCCAUAAUCCAGCAUCCGGCGCUUAGCGAGCAGUUUCAACCGUCCAAAUCCCACCCGGCAACACCUUCACGUCGAUAUCUUUUCAAAUGGAAGUGCGACAGCGGCCCCGUUCUGCGAGUCUCGCCGAGGAAACUCGUCAUCAAAUCCAAACGCUAGCGCCACAAGAUUUCCCGCCUCAAAAUUUCGCGCCUCCCGUCGACAGCAAUCGACGCAAAUCUCGCCGCCGCAAGCGCGACGGUGUAAUGCGACGCCACACGCUAACCGGCGACGAGGCGAGAGCAAAAGCUGAAGGAUUGAGAUCGGGAGGAAAGCAAAGAUUGGCUAGGGAACGAGAGAAAUUCCUCGACUUGCUGAAGUCGCGCUAUCCCGAGCAGGCGGAUGCAAUCGCCAGUGAGUUGGAAUGGGGAGGGAAGACGAGCAACAAGCCGGAAAGGCGAGAAGAAACGAUUUUCUUGCAAUUCGGUGGUGAGACGAAGCGCGCGCUUUUGCCUCAUCCUUUAACUCUCGACUCAUUGAAGGAAAUUUUUGUGUCGACUUUCGCUCCUGCUAUUGAUGGUGAGUUGAUGGAUCCGCCUCACGGUGCGAUUUACAUCUAUGAGCCUUCGGGUGCUUUGUACUAUGAGCUGACGGAAUUGGCGGAUAUCCGGGAUAAUUGUGUGUUGGCAUUCCAUCCGUUUAACUUGAGAGCGAGCUUCUCGCCGCCAUUGUCGCCGGUUGGGGUCGAUGCGACUGGGCAGACGUUGUGGCAGUUGAAUCAAGGGUUGGAGGGAGACGUUGGGAAUAUGCAGAGCGAGUCGUCGUUCUCACUUGAUAAGCUUCACAGCAUGCAAGAGCAACUUAGCAAGCUGACGGGUCUUGUGCAGCAAGCAGUUCUCAAGGGUCAGUCGUUAGGUGAUCUUGUGAAUGCUGAUGGUAAAACGGAGUACGUUGGUGGCAUAACGAAAGCAUCAUCUGCAACUUCUAUUCCAUCAAGGUCAUCAACUUCUCUUGGAGUUGAUUUUCCUGAUGCAGGACCACCUAAGCCUCGACGCUUGCAUAUCAGUAACAACAACAACAACAACAGUGAUACUCUAGCUGUUGAACCUCACAAGUAUGACGACAGCCACACCACUCGAUGGCAUACAGGCAGAUACCCAAGCAAAUCUCUCAGUGUGGAUGAGAAGCAGUUGGUGGUUCGAGCUGCAGAUGGUGUGAGGAGGAAUAUCCAGUUGAUGAGGAUGGAGGUGGAGGCAGUGAGAAAACAGCAUCAAGAGCAAUGUGAGACUUUUGCCACUUUCAUGAAGGAAACAGCAGAUAGAGUUGCAAAGGCAAUCACUCUUCAUCGACCAAGAAAUAUCGUUGUGAAUGGCAAGAAAAGGGCACAGUUGAUUGAAGACGAAGACGCGUUCCAAAGGGAAAGCAACAAUGUUGUACAAGAGAUCCAGGAUCUCGACACGUUAGUAGAGGACAUUCGUGUCGACGUGGUUGAUCGUCGCUGUAAGGUCGACAUGACAGAGUUAAACAACCUAUCCAAACCAUUACAACUGGUAGCCAGAAAUCUGUUGGACGUGAAAAAGAAAUUCCAAUGUCUAAGCGAUAACCUGAAACCAGUGAUGGCAUCUGAACUGCAAGUGAUUGUUGACGAGGAGAAAUUAUUAGAGGAACAAGCUCCUGCAUUAGAAGCUGCCAUCGCUAAAUGCAAGAAAGCGCACGGAACUCUGAUUGCACUGAAACGAUAUGGCAGUGUGCAGCAACACAGAAUGAAAUCUGUUCCAUUGAUUAUAACGAGUGUUGAGAAUCCUGAUUAUCAUGAAGUUUUGGAUAAUAUCAGUGCCAUGGCACCGAAUCACAUCGCAAGGUUGCAGGCGAUCGAGGCUGCCGAAACUUCCUACAAGAAGAAAAAACAAUUGAAACUGUCUAGUGAAGCAGAGAUACAAUAUCAUGUGUUGGAAGGAGGCCGAGCACGACUUAAGCCUGUCAGCUACAUGUUACAUGACAUUGAAGCAAAACAUGCAGACCUGAUCCGUCGUAUGUAUUUGCAAGAAAAGCAGCACACGCCCCAGCAGCAACGGCCAAGGUCUACGACAUGGUCUCAGCCACGAACAAGACGGCAUCAAGACCAGAGGUAUUAUCGAGAGGCACACGAUCAUCCAAUGAAUAGUUCGCAGGACGAGUGGCAAGGAAGUAGAGGAUCAGUCCACAGCCAUACGAGAGGACAGAGAGAUCGCAGUCAUCGUGGGUAUCAAAAUGGACCAGCAGACAGACAGGAAGGUGAUUUCCGACAGCCGUACUCGAACGAGAGAGCAACCAGACCUCCGCAGUAUUACAGAACAAGCUCGGACCAUCCGCUUCGUAAUGACGAGUGGUCGAAUGGAGACUUACGGCGUUCGGUGGGUGAUAUGAGGGACGUAAUCAGCCAUUCGUAUAGCCGUGCUGGUCCUAGUGUCUCGUAUGAUCAGAAUGGCUUAUCUAGUAACAGCAAUGGAUUUACGAAUUCGAAACAGCCGCCUCUUCGAGCGUCGAGUCCGCGAAACAGCCACAACCAGUCGACUGUACAAGACAGGAAACAGAAAGUUUCAAGGUCAAAUAUGCCUUUGCCUCCGACUCCUAACGAAGAAGUUCAAUAUAGACAUCAAUCAGUUGGAGGGAGGCAGCACAUGAAAUCGAGGCCUCGAUCGCAGGUGAUAGGCGUGCAGAAUCGAAGGGACAUGCACAAUGGUGGAGUUGUCGAGUAUUUGACAUCGGACUUGUAGGGGGUUUUAGUGUAUGAGGUUUAUGUAAGAAGGUGGUAAGGUAUUUCUAUUCUGGUAUGGAAAUUGAAGUUGAGUAGGUUAGUGAGGACGAUUAUGGCUUGAUAUUAAAAUGUUUCAUUUUUAUUGUUUAAUUAAUUAUUAUUGAUUGGGUUGAAAACCGAAAAAAGCUGGUGCAAUCUUUUAUUUUAUAGUAUUACUUAAUUAUAUUAUACGAUUUACCUAAUUGGUA